CCCACUUCCGGCCCUGUCAGCCUCUCCCGGGGUUGCUAGGAGACGUGAUAUCACCGGAAGCUAGACUCCUGAUAGGCUGAGGCGAAGGAAAGCCACGCCUCUUUCCUCCCCCGACCUCCGACUCCCCGCCCCCAGCCUAGCCCUGCUGGCUCUCCCGGCCCCACGGCCUGGCCCCGGACUGAGGGUCCGCGGGCAGCAAGAGCGUGGGUGUCCUUCCCGCGUCCCGGGCGCCAGCUAGCUGAGCCUCCUCGCCCCGCGCGUGGCACUGUGCGGCUCUGACGUUCCCGUUCUUCACCACCGGCGCGCCCGCCACGUCCGCGCUCAGGUUCUGUCCCCGGCGGGGAGGAGGCCCUCGCGCGGCACGGCGUGGCUCGCGCGGAGCUCCGUGCGUGGAGCACGAGGGAGCCCGGCACGCGCGCGCGAUGACUGCUCCUUCUCCCGGGCUCUGGCGGCGGCGGCCUCUGCUGCUGUUGCUGCUGCUGCUGCUGCUGCUGCUGCAGUCGGUGCCCGCCCGGGGUUGGGAGAGCGCGGAUCUGGAGCUGUUCGACCUGGUGGAGGAGGUGCAGCUCAACUUCUACCACUUCCUCGGAGUGCAGCAGGAUGCUUCAUCUGCAGACAUCAGAAAAGCAUACCGUAAGCUUUCACUAACUUUACACCCAGACAAGAAUAAAGAUGAAAAUGCAGAAACUCAGUUUAGACAAUUGGUGGCUAUUUAUGAAGUUUUAAAGGAUGAUGAACGAAGGCAGAGGUAUGAUGAUAUUCUGAUCAAUGGACUACCAGAUUGGCGACAGCCUGUAUUCUACUACAGGCGGGUGAGAAAAAUGAGCAAUGCUGAGCUGGCAUUACUCUUGUUCAUUAUUCUCACAGUGGGCCAUUAUGCUGUGGUUUGGUCAAUCUACCUGGAAAAACAGCUGGAUGAACUGCUUAGCAAAAAAAAGAGAGAAAAGAAGAAAAAAGCAGGAAACAAGAGUGCGGAUGAAGGGAAACUUACUGCUCUAGAGAAACAUGAAAGAUUGCUAAUGAAACCACAGUGGCAUGAUUUGCUCCCAUGCAAGUUGGGAAUUUGGUUCUGCCUGACUGUAAAAGCCCUGCCUCAACUAAUACAGGAUGCCAGACAAUUUUAUGAGGAAUAUAAAGAAACAAAACUGAAGGAAAAAGAAGAUGCCUUGGCUAGAGCUGAACUUGAAACACUUCAAAAGGAAAAGAAAUCUAAAGUUAAAAAAACAAAGCCAGAGUUUCCCAUGUAUACGUCAUUGGAACCGAGUGCAUAUAAACCUUCUUACGAUCAUGGAACUUCUAUAGAAGAAAUUGAAGAGCAAAUGGAUGAUUGGUUAGAGAAUCGGAACAAAAUGCAAAAAAAGAAGGCACCUGAAUGGACAGAAGAGGACCUCAGCCAGCUGACAAGAAGUAUGGUUAAGUUCCCAGGGGGGACCCCAGGUCGAUGGGAAAAGAUUGCUCACGAAUUGGGUCGAUCAGUGACAGAUGUGACAAUGAAAGCCAAACAGCUGAAGGAUUCUGUGACGUGUACCCCAGGAAUGGUUAGGCUUUCUGAACUCAAAUCCACAGCCCAGAACUCCAGGCCCACAAAAGCCACUGUGACUUUGUCAGACCACCUCAUCACUCAGAGAGAAGAGAAAGAGGUGGCAGAGGAGGAGGCCGAGGACCACAGAGAUGGCCUGGGAGAUCCGAGUGAAACCACGAUGCCCGAAACCAGGCUCCGGAGGCGCAAACCAGCCAAUGCCACUGUGAAGGAAGAGGCAGAAGAAAGGUCCAGGGGAAAGAGGCAGAAGGACUUUGACAUCAACGAGCAAGACGAGCCCAGUGACGAGGAGGAGGGCCGGAGGAGGGUGCGGAGCCGCCCCCUGGCCGAGGAGCUGUGGACGCAAAAUCAGCAGAAGCUUCUGGAACUGGCUCUCCAGCAGUACCCAAAGGGAACAUCGGACCGCUGGGACAAGAUUGCCAAGUGUGUGCCAGACAAGUCUAAGGAAGAAUGUGUGGCUAGAUACAAGCUGCUGGUUGAACUAGUACAAAAGAAAAAACAAGCCAAAAGCUGAGUCUCCUGGAAAGAAGAAUUUUCCUUUCAUUUUCCAGAAUGAGAGAAUAUUUUAAAUGUCAUCUGCAGUGAUUUGCAUUUUUGUACCUCAGUAUUUCUAUACGUCAUGUGCCUUAGUAAAAGCAAAUACCAAUAAAUCUUAUGCCAUCUUGCUUAAACAUUGACUGUGUUAAAGAAGCUAAGCUGUAUUUUUGCAUUUGGAGAACUGUUUAUCUAACACUUCAUUGUAAAGAGUCAACUGUUUUGGAAAAAUUCAGACCAAUGGCUUCCUACUGGUUUAAGACUCUGUGUGUGUGCGUGUGUGUGUGUGUGUGUGUGCGCGUGUGCGCGCGCGUGCACGUACAUACACACACGAGCAUACAUCAUGCCAGUGUGAAAAGGAAUGUAUGUAAACAAUAAACCAAUAUGUGUUAAAAAUGUGUUUCUGAAAA